AUGGAAAUAAACAAUGAUUUAUUAAAUAAACUUAAAACAUACGGCGUUGGUCGUCGGAAACUCGAUGAUGAUUUAUUCAAGCAGAAUAUUCCGCCAAGGUUAGGAAUAUACGAUGUUGAUGAAGAACAGUUCUGUCAUGCUGUUAUCCAAACAGCAUGCACUGUUCCCGGUUGCAAUUUCACAGCAGACUCUCUAUUGGACUUCGAAAAUCAUUAUAAUGCCUCUCAUAGGUUUGCCUGCAGUCAAUGCAAGAAGUGUCUUCCCUCACCACAUCUCUUAGAUUUGCAUCUUCAAGAGCAACAUGAUUCCUUCUUCUCAGUAUUAGCGGCAAAACGACCUUCAUACUCCUGUUACAUAGAAGAAUGCAAAGAAAAAUUCAUGACUGCCGAAGAAAGAUUAGAUCAUUGUGUGAAAAUACACAAAUUGCCCAAAGACUUCAGAUUUGACACAAAACCUAAACACAAAAAUAAAAAAAAGAAGCCACAGUCUAUGGAAGUAGAUGGCGGAAAUGGGAAGACAGAAAGAAUGUUUGCCUUUAAUAAUAACAAACAAAAAGGAUUUAAGAGAUUUACUAAUGAUCAACAAAGGUCUACAGCUUCAGUUGAUGUGGAUGAAAUAAUGUCAGAUAUAAGAGAAAGUUUACCG